UCAUUGCCCGCACACUAGCCGCUCACCUUCAUUCCACUGUGCCCUUGGGCAUGCGCAUUAACGCACGCGGGCGUUUCUCCUGCCCACUCGCUAAAAGGCGCGCGCGCACUCUCUCUCUCUCUCUCUCUCUCUCUCUCGAUGUCACUUUGCUGCUGCUGCUGCGCUGUUUGCUGCUCGAGAUUGCUGAGGAUCGCUUUGUCUCCUGCACACUGUCACUCCUUACUCCUGCGGUGCUCUCCCUUUCUCGAGCCGUGGCGCAGGUGCUCCUCCCGCGCGCUCCUCUUGGCUCAAUCCACGCCCCGCGACGUGGGUGCAGCCGCCUCUCCUCGGAGGAGCGCACCUCGGGACUAAGAUGGGCUGGAAGGACGGCGCAGCGGACGAACGUUAACAUUAACCUCAUGGAUGCCUUAUUUGAUAAUGAGCUUGGAAUGCUGACCACAGAUGGACUGGAUAUGGAUGGGUGCAGGGUCGGCUGGACAAGCUCUGAGCUUCCAGAUGAUAUGUACUCUGCAUCUCAUUUUGCUCUUAUAACUGCAUAUCACGACAUCAAGAAUAGACUAUCUGGGCUGGAACAUGAAAACUGCAGCCUCAAAAGGAAACUUAAGCUUUAUGAGCUCAAGUUCCCAAUGAUCAAUGACUUUAGUCAAGACCGAAAUUCUGUCUUUGAAGCUAAAGAAACCUCACUACUGAAAUCUGAGAAUAGCAACCUACAACAACAGAUCAACGAACUCAAGCAUGAGUUGCAAAAAAGCAAAGAACGCGAGGAGCAGCUGGAAGAUGUGAUCCAGGCCUAUGAGAAAAUUCAUAUGGAAAAGAGUAACCUCCAAAGAGAUCUGGACAAAAUGACUACACUGGCUGAGAAACAUGUGGAGCGAAUUCGGAGUCUGGAGCAGAUGGUGAGACAAAGAGACAGCACUCUGCAGGGACUCAAUGCAAAGCUGCGCAGUAAAGAAGUUCAGUACCUUCAGUUACAUGCCAGCCCUGAUAUUUCACAAUUGCUGGAUUGUCCAGCUUUAACACUACAGAGUUCACGCAGCCUGGACACACUUACUGACCUCAAACUGCAACGCUUAGAAGCAGAGCUUGAGGGAGCACGUUGUGAAGUUCAGGGAGCAUGCCAACGUGAAGAAGAGCUGAAAGGAGAAUGUGAUAGACUUCGAGAGGAGCUGCGACUCCUCCAAGAAGAGCAAAGACAGCAGAAGCUGGCAACGCCUUGUGAUCGGUGUGAUGUGGAGUGGAUUAAAAAAGUUGGAGAUGAACAAGUGAAUCUGGCUUUGGCAUAUACAGAGCUGACUGAAGAACUGUGCCGACUUCAGAGUCUGAGUUCAAAGCAAACCGAGAUUCUAAGACAGCUGUCUCAGGAGCAAAGCAAUUCGGUUCAACGCCAUUCUCCUGUCCCUCAGCGUCAUUCUCCGGUCCCUCAUCGCCAUUCUCCUGUCCCCCAGAGAAGAUCUCCAGUGCCACAGCGGCUUUCCCCAGAUAUCUAUCAGAGAUCUCUGGUACCAGAUUCCAGUGAUGGUCCUGCUUCAUAUGCUGCCCGACCAUCUAGUCAGCAUCUCAGAGCCACUUUUCAGGGUCGGAGAAGCUAUUCUGAGGUUAGUGACCCUGCAACAUACCAACGACCUUCAAGGCUAUCCAUUGAUCCAGUCUCUACUCUACCGAAACCACGACAAUAUGGAGACAACUAUGUCAAGAAACAGCAACAGAAUGGCAGCAGCAGUGUGACAAGCAGCCCACGUCACCUCAGAGAUCCUUUUCCCCUUGAGCUGCCUCACUUGUGUUUUGAGAAGCCAACUCCACCACCUCCACCGGCACAGUCAUCAGAAGAUGAGGAAGACUGGGAUGCUCCCACUAGUGCCACACCACAUCCUCUGGGUACCACUGGUCUCAGAGUACCAUCACCAUGCACAGUCUUUCCCAUUCCCAGCCCUCCUGCUACUCUGAGUUGUCAUCCUUCAGGAUAUCUGCUGACAGAUCACGCUCAGUCCUGGCCUUCCAUUAAUCUAUGGAUGGAGACUGAAGACUCUGGCAUUAGGAGCUGCCCGCUUUGUCAGCUGACCUUCCCAGUCACCUACCCUGAUGAUGCUCUUAUUAAACACAUUGAUACUCACCUGGAGAACAGCAAGAUUUGAUUGCUUCUGCAUCUCUUGCAGGAGGUUCCAUUUCAACUAUGUCUGCUUUUUUUUCCUUGUGUCAUGUACACUUAUGAAGAGUAAGAUCACAGAGGAGAUUUUGUUUUUGUCCUCCUUAGAAUCUUGAGCAAUGAGCUAACAAAAACUGCAUGUUUCUGCAGUUGUGUUUUAAGAUUAAGGCACCUUUAUAUAUGUUUUUAUGAAGCUGCAUAUGUUGAUACUGCUUUUUAGUAGGGGAAAAAAAUAAUAAAACUGGGUUUGUUGAAAUCGCCAAAACAAUUAAAUAUCUUAAAGCAAUUUAGGUUAAAUGUCUAAUAAAAAUAACCUUAUCGUCUAAUUUCUAUUAAAACAGGGCUGACAUCUGUAAAAUGAGAAUAUGAAAAAAAACUGAUGAAAAUGCUUUCAUCUUGAGAAACACAUAGCUUUCUUUGGCUUUUUUCAGCCAGAAUAUUUGCAUUAUACAAUAAAAUUUACCAAAAUGAAGCCUUAAAUGAUAGGUAGCAAUCUCAUCGAUGUAUAUGUGUAAAUGAAACAUGGAUGCGACUGAAUUACUUUAAUCCAAGGUUUAAAGGUUUACACACAUAAAAAAACAGGAUGACAAUACUGCAUUCAGCUGAUUUUCUUCAUACAUCCCAUCACCCAGUUCUUCACCAGCAACAAUUCAGGGGUGUCAACCUUGGUUCCUGGUGGGCCUCACUGGGUACAAGUUUUCACCCCAGAUAAUUUCUUAAUCAGUAGCCAGUUCUUCUGUCAAUGUAAUCCUGUCAUUCAGCAACAGCAGACAUUUCUGAAGUUAUUAAUAUUGCUUUUCUCAGUAGCUCACCCACACCUUUUGUGGACCGGAGCAGAUCAGCAUUUUUCUAGCACUUUAGUAUCUCUCACCAGAUGACUGCUGCACAGGUAACUGGUUGGCUGAUAGUCCUUGUUAUUUGUGUCUCAAUAUUUAACAGCUGGUUAAGAGGGUGAGCAAUUAAAGCCUCCGAAUGCAGCUGUUUAGGAGGAAAUCAGUCAGUUACUGGUUAGAAAUCUCAGCAAGGCACAGAACCAAAAGUAAGCAGCACUAGUUUGAUUUAAUUUAAGCACUUGGCUGGAACAAGCACCUGCAGCCACUGUGGCCCUACAAGAGUUCAGUUUGACACCUCUGGCAUUAUUGAUUGCAGCCCAGUAGACAGCUUGGUCUACUUUUAAGUUAAUUUAAUUAGAAGGCUGUUUAGGGUUAGGACUACUUAAAAUGUCAGCCGAUUGGUUUGCAGACAAUAACUGCCUCCUCUCAACAAUUCUGAAACAGUCAUUUCAAUAAUUUUAUCCUUUUUUUUAAUAAAACACAAGAUUAAUGGUAGAGGU